AUGGAGCCACCUCCACCUCCGCCGCCGCCCCAUGGCUCCAAUCCACAAGGCGGCAGGUCGGGUGGUCUCCCUGAUGGCAGAUAUGACAUUUUUGUCAUCCCUCCACAUUCUUCAGGCUCGGGCUUCCUCUACCUGCCUUCGCUACAGACACAACGUAACAGCUUUCUGGCCGGAGUCUUCUGCACAGCCGCCUCCUUCUUUAUCUACACCACCGCCGUGCCUGUCAUCAAGGAAUGGUUUCUGACUACCAUUAAUAGUGGAGGAGGAGGGGUUUUCAUGCUCAUAUGUGGUGUCGCAGUUGUCGCUUGGGCAUUUGGUAAAACUCAGAGUGAAUGGGCACAGCCGGGAUCAUCUAAUGGCCCCAACGCCAACUCCAGUGCUGGAGGCCAUUCCCGUCCGGGCCAUUCGGGAUACGGUAACACUGGAACCUAUUCCCAAUCUCAAUCGGGACCUCCGCCACAUCCUGAACCUCCCCCUCCACCACGUCCUAACCAUGGAGCCAAUUCACCGCCUCCGCAGUCAUCAUGGCAGAGACCACCACCUCAGGCAAACACAAAAGCCAACACUACAACCGCCAAAUCUAGUUGGGAAAAGGCGAGGGAAGAAACCAGGAAGCGAGAAGAAGAGCGCAAGCGGGCCGAAGAACUGAAGAGACGGAGGGAGGAACUGGAGAAGGAACGCCAGAAACAGAGAGAAAAGGAUGCAUUAGAGAGACUCGAGAGAGAACGGAAGGAAAAGAAAGAGCGCGAGGAAAGAGAAGCUGCUACUGCCGCCGCCGCUGCUGCUGAGAAGGAGAAGCAAGAACGAGCGGCCGCCGCCGCACAAUCAUCUCCUAAACGCCCUCCCAUGCCAUCUGCGAGGACGGAACGUGACGACGACGCGUACUCAUUCAGACCAUACGACCGGCCAAGGCGAACCCACAAGGCAAAUUCGGCGGCCUCCAUGUACUCCGAGUCGUCAUACGCACCUUCUGAGAGCACUGCGAAGACGACUCCGCCUCCUUCGGCCCGUGGGCCGUACUCGACCAAGGACCCAGACAAGAUCAUCAUCAAGGGUGUAUUUUCCUUCAACAAUGCGUUUAUGCGAACACCGAUCGCCCAGCUCAUAUCCGGCCAAGGUAAUGUCACCGAUGGCCUAAUUCUCCGUAUUACCUCCGAAGGCUUGUUUAUCGAUGACGAUGUGCGAGGUGUGCCCCAGCGUGAAUGGGAUAUCAAGGCUUGGACGAUGAAAUUGGCAGAGAGCUGUGAACUCGGCGGAAUGCACGUACUUCGAGCAAGCAUUCGAGAUCAAGAAGGGAAAAAAUACGUCUUCAUCUUAUCACAGAGCGAAGGUUGGAAGGUAGCCGUGGGCCUACAACGAUUGAGGAGAGGUAGUCAAGUCAGAGCAAUGGGAGUUGCCGGUCUUCCACACAACGAAGCCAAAGCAAUCCUCGAAAAUCUAGGAUUUGCAUGA